AUGCAGCGCCCCAUGGAGCUGGGCGCCGCGCACUACUUCCCGGCCGAAGCCUUCCCGGAUCACCGCUCCCACCGCUAUCGGAGCUUCAUGAUCGAAGAGAUCCUCACUGAUCCCCCAGAUGCCAAGAGUGCUGCGCCCGCUGCGGCUGGCGAGCUGCUCAAGUUCGGCGUGCAAGCUUUGCUGUCUGCUCGGCCCUUCCACAGCCACCUUGCGGUGCUGAAGGCAGAGCAGGCAGCAGUCUUCAAGUUCCCCCUAGCGCCCCUGGGCUGCUCUGGCCUGGGUUCUGCGCUGCUAGCCGCAGGCUCCGGGCUACAAGGGGGCUCCGCCUCACCUCACCUCCCUCUGGAGCUGCACCUCCGUGGAAAGCUGGAGUCUGGCCCGGCCGAGCCGGGCACCAAAGCCAAGAAGGGGCGGCGGAGCCGGACGGUUUUCACCGAACUGCAACUCAUGGGUUUGGAGAAGCGCUUCGAAAAGCAGAAGUACCUCUCCACUCCGGACAGAAUAGACCUCGCUGAAUCGUUGGGCCUGAGCCAGCUGCAGGUGAAGACUUGGUACCAGAACAGGAGGAUGAAAUGGAAGAAAAUAGUGUUACAGGGCGGCGGGCUCGAGUCCCCGACUAAACCGAAGGGGCGCCCCAAGAAGAACUCCAUUCCCACCAGCGAACAGUUGACGGAGCAGGAGCGGGCCAAGGAGGCAGAGAAGCAGGCAGAAAACCUGAGCUCGCCCUGCGAAGUCAAUCAGGAGGAGUGAGCCUGGUCACCAGAACUCUUCAGCCCUGCGGGCGCAACCGACCGGGUGGACAGUCAAGUGUCUCGACCCUGGGACCUCUCUCCCUCAGACAAACCAAAGACUACCUUAAGGCCUUUCCUCCCGAGGACUGGAUUAGCCUAGAGGACAAACUAAACCGCGUCAGGCCUUAUUUGGGCGGGGCACCUUUGCCAUUUUCUGCCACCCUGGGUACAGACCACGUCUCGGCAGCCUGCUCAUUUCUCCGGAUUAGACUGAUCUUAUUUGGAGCAGCAAUGAGGAUGGAGAGGAGUGUCUGCUCCUGAAAAAAUUUUUUUUGUUUGUUUGUUUCCUUUCGUUGUUUCUACAAAACGGUCCUACUGGGAAAUCCAAGGAAGCCAGAAUUAAACAAAAGAAAAAAAUACUCCACCCACC